AUGCCCGCGGGAACCUUUGUGAAGGUUAAGGGUAUAUCCGCCGAUACAACGGCAAGAGAUAUCGAAGAAUUUAUGAUGUACUCCGGCAAGGUGCGCACCAUCGUCGUGAAGGCGGACAAGGAGAGCCCAACAAGUUACAGUGCGGUGGUUGAGUUUGAGGAUGAAAAGAGUGUUGAGGUGGCUCAGCUUCUUUCUGGGGCGGUGUUCCAACAUCGCGAAGUAACCAUUGUGCCAAUGCAUCCUGAAGCGAGGGAGGAUGCAUCGGGAGAAGCAGCAACGGCGGGGCUUGGAGUAAACGAACCAGCCCCUCAAAUAUAUGGCGAACACAGGGAGCCGAGCGUAUUGCGCUAUGCGAUUGAAGCAGCAGAGAAACUUCAGAAGCACCUCACCAUUUCGGGGUGUAAUGAACUUCUUGAUAAACUCCGUCAGCAACUUAGGGAAGCGGAUUAUAGUAUCGCUGUUGCCACUGCUGAGGCGAAGAAGAAAAUGGAGCACGGUAUGUUUUUCGUAGGCAAGGAGGCAACAAGGGAGCAAUGGGACUACACACCUUCCCAGCCGCAGUGGGGAAAAAAAUGCGAGUGGUGA